AUGGAAUCUUUAGUUGAACAGCGCAAUCGACUGUUUAGUGCUAGGAUUGAGAAUGUUGCGACGUUGCGUAAGGAAAGUCCUAGUUACUCGACCUCAUCGGAAUCCGAGAAUUUACCACCCCGUCUGAUUGCUGUAAUUGGAGGGAGUAAGAAAGGGAAAGGGGAAACUGUAUGCAAAUUUCGUGCAAAUGCGGACAUUUUGUUCGAUGAGGAUUUUCGUCUGCUUCAAAAACGCCAACUUCUUCUCAAAGUGAAGGUGUGGAGCCAAGUUCUUCCCUCAGUCCUGAAAGCAGGCCAGCAAAUGCUAUGGAACUCUCUCACCUUAUUAGUCCCACGCUCAGUUGGUCUUGAACGAAUCCUAUUUAUUCAUAUGGAAUAUUGCGGAGGAGAGACAUUGAGGAAAUACAUAGAUGACUGUCAUACCAAUCUUUUCGCUGAAAUUCUCAAUGCACUAGGCUACAUUCAUCGUCAGGGCAUGAUUCAUCGCGAUGUUAAGCCGCUUGUGCGUCCACUUCCGAAAGUGGAACAAGGUAGGCAGAUGUUAUACGAUAGAACUGGAGUGGUAUUUUUCGAAAUGUGUUAUCAUCAAAUCGCCACAGGAAUGGAACGUCACGCCAUCAUCAACAAAGUGGAAAAUUACUGUACAUUUCCUGCUGAUUUUGAAGAUGGAUUCAGUAUGGCUCAGGCGAGGCACAUACGAAUCCUUAUCUGCAAUAUGUUGAGGUUCAAAGCUGAGCUCAGACCGAGCGUUGAAGAAAUAAUGCGUGACAGCCUUGUCUCUCUCGUUGACUAUGAAGACAAGCAAUUCAAGAGGCAAGAGCUUUUGUUUGGAAAACAUUUUCAACGUAACGAUGAAAAAUCGAUAGGAGAGCAGCUACCAGCUCGCGCUUAUUGUUACGAUCAAGACAUCUGCAAGGAGAAGUUCGCUGGCGGAAAGGAUGGGUACUUUGAUCGCUUAAGAGAUGACCUG